GCUUGUAUGUUCAAAAUGACAGAACACGGAACAAGAAACUCAUCCUGUACAUAUAGAAGAUUUCCCAACUCUCUUCUAAUCUAAACUUUUAAAUGCAACAGUAUAUAUUUAUUAGGUAUUCUAAUAAAUGCUGUGUGAAACUAUAUCAAUGAAUGAGGGAAUAUGUAUAAUCCAACACGCAUUACUGCUGAAGUGCUGCUAUUAAUGCCUGUUAUUCCAAAAACUAUGCUGCCAGGAGAAUGAUAAUAAUAAAUAAAUUUUAGCAUACGGCUUUCAUCCUCAUAACUCCACAUAUUCCACAACUAUUCACCACCUGAAAAUGGAUUGGAAAAUCGGCUUUGUGAUGUAAGUAUUUUCUGUUUACAAAAACCAAGAACUGAAAAAUGCAAAGAGGAUCGUGCCCCCAUGGUGGCAUGAUCAUUACUCAUUGCCUUUACAGGAUUACACACAUCAGACCGGCCUCACCAAAAAGGCAUGGGUUGGCAACAAAAAAACAAAAUCAAAAGUGCCAAGUCACAUAUGGGCGUUUCACUCUCGUAUUAACCGUCCUGUGUGUUUCUCUUUCACCUUAACCUCUCCCCCGAUACCCGACUUUUCAGACACUUGUGCAUAGAUUCGUUUAUAGAUUUUACGCAUGUAGUUUUCUUCUAUGUACUUCUAAUUGUAGUCCUUUGGCAUUUUUAUAGAAGCUCCUUGCUUUAUUUAGCCUUGGAGAGUUGAGAGGAGAGCCUCCCCCACACCCCAGCUGGCUAUAUUUAUUAGGCUAAACAGUGAAACAGGGACCUAUUGAGGCCCAUGUCCCAUUUUGAUGGAAAUUUAUGUCCUUUGAAUGUGCAUUAAUCUUUGUUUGAUCCCAAACACAGAAAACCCAUUAAGCUGUUGGCUUAAAAAGUAAACACCUUUUUCUCUCCAAAAGAUUUAGAAACCGAAGCUGACACUGAAAAUUACCUAUUUUUGUCAUUAGUGCAGAGUUAUUUUCAAAUUCAUUUUGAUGGCAAAAAUGGAUGUCAAACAAGUUUUUAUUACUAACUGAUUUGAAAGAAGCCACUGCUCCACGACAUUGGUUCUUUUAAGCUACAGGGUACUAGAUUCAGGUGCUUCUUCUCUUUCCUUGGUGCGUUUUUUGGGUCAAUUUGGGCUCUGGAAAAUGAAUGGGGUUGGAGAAGACCAAAUUGUUUACGAGAUUGCUGUGGUGGUUCCAAAAAGGAACCUGAAGGAAGAAAAUAAGGGUUAUGAUUGUGUUGAGGUUCUUGUAAAUGAGUUAAUGGAUGUGGGUUUGCUUGUUGAGAGAGUUCAUGGCCUUUCAGAUGAGUUUAUCAAGCUGGCAGCACCGUUAGAGACUUUGGGAAAGGCUGCAGCCAAGCUGCAGAUGAAGAAGCCCACUCAUAUUGGAAUUGAUUUACAAUUUGAGUGGGAAGAGGUUGAAGCCUUUGUGCGGCAGGCUGAUGGCUCAUUGUUUAGUUGGUGUGAGCGUUUCCAGUGCUACCGUCACUUGAUAUAUGAAACUGUUAAUAAGAAUAAUUCAGACGUAACUUUAAAAUUUGAUGGCAAAGAGAUCCAAUGGGAAGCUGGGGAAUCAUUACUGCUGAGGUUGGAAUUGGAAGGAAUUGUUAAACAAGUUUUCCCUUUACAUGAUGAAACAAAGAGGAAGAAGCUACUGAGGAGUUGGGCAUUGAAUUGUUGGGACUUCACAAGUCAACCACUUGAUGAGAUUUAUGCGUAUUUUGGGACAAAGAUUGCGGUUUAUUUUGCUUUCCUUGGAAUGUAUACACGUUGGAUGCUAUUUCCAGCUGCAUUUGGGCUUAUCUUGCAGUUGAUUGAUUUUGGAUCGUUACAAUUACUAGUGCUUCCUGCAUUCUUCAUAAGCAUAGUAUUGUGGGCUGUGUUGUUUUUCCAGUUCUGGAAACGUAAAAACUCUGCACUUUCAGCCAGGUGGCAUCUUAAUUUUUCUGUCAGCACAAGCCAAGGAUACAAAUCAUUGGGGAGGGAGUGGAGCUCCAUACAGUCUCCCAUGGAACUUAUAAAAAAUUUGGAAAUUGAUAAAACGAAAGAGAAAGAAGCAUUUCAAAGAUAUGAAUGGUUUGGUUAUCUCAAGCGAUUCAGAAACGAUGCUUUUGUCAUUUUGAGUAUCAUCUGCCUUCAAUUGCCAUUUGAGUUGGCUUAUGCUCAUCUCUAUGAGGUCAUCAAGUCUGAUAUUGUGAAGUUCGGGUUAACUGCAGUUUAUCUUCUUGUAAUUCAGUACUUCACAAAGAUUGGGGGGAAGAUAUCAAUCAGGCUUAUUAAGUAUGAAAACAAUGACAAUACUGAAUAUCGGGCUGACAGCUUGGUCUACAAAGUGUUUGGUCUUUAUUUUAUGCAAUCAUAUAUCGGGGUUUUCUAUCAUGCCCUUUUACAUCGCAACUUUAUGACCCUUCGCCAAGUGUUGAUCCAGCGUCUGAUACUUUCUGAGGUGUUGGAAAAUCUGUUGGAAAAUUCUUUGCCAUAUCUGAAGUACAGCUAUAAGAAAUAUAGAGCUGUUAGAAACAAGAAAAAUCGUGAGAAAGGUUCAACUGGGAAGAUCCAAUUCACUUCCAGGGUGGAGAAAGAGUACCUGAAACCCAAAUAUUCUGCAAGCAUUUGUGAGGAACUGGAAGAUGGGCUGUUUGAUGAUUUUCUGGAGUUGGCACUGCAGUUUGGAAUGAUCAUGAUGUUUGCCUGUGCGUUUCCCCUUGCAUUUACCUUCUCUGCCUUGAACAACAUUGCAGAAAUUAAAACAGAUGCACUGAAGCUGCUUGCCAUGUUGAAAAGACCCGUUCCACGGGCUGCUGCUACAAUUGGAGCUUGGCUAAACAUUUUUCAGUUCCUAAUACUGAUGUCAAUAUGCACCAAUUCUGCACUUUUAGUAUGGCUAUACGAUCAGGAAGGGAAAUGGAAAAUAGAGCCUGGCCUUGCAGCAAUUCUCGUCAUGGAACAUGUUCUGCUGUUGAUUAAAUUUUGGUUCUCUCGCUUUGUUCCUGAGGAACCUGCUUGGGUGAGAGUAAAUCGGAUGAAGAAUGCAACACAAGCACACGACAUGUGCUCUAAACAGCUUUUGAGGAGCAUAUCUGGGGGAGAAAGGGCGUCUGGGGGAUUAAUUCCAAGAAAGACAGCUGAUGGAACAAAUAAAACAGAGUAAUGUAGAAACCCACCAGACUGGUGUAUCCUCAAACUCAUUUGCCUUAAGUAGUGAACAAGAUUAACAGGUUGAUGGUUCUACCAAUCAUCAAACCUAGCUUAGUUACAAAUUUUGCAAACCACCCAAAUAUGUAUAGGUUUUCUUUUCCCCUUUUUUUUUCUUUUUGUAAAUUCAAGUAAUACUUUAUCAUGGAUUGUUUGCAACUGUGUUUAUUUUUAAUUAUGUAGUGGUUGGUGUAAAGAAUUUUGCAAACAGAGAAAUCUCAAAUCGUUCUUUUGUUUUUCUUUUCACAUCUAUAAGUAUUUUCUUGGCAGAUUUCUUUUAACCUUUUUUUUUUUUUGGAUAAUCAUUCCCAAAAUAAUCUGUCCAAAGGUAUCUUUCAAACGAAUAACAGGAAGAUAUUGUGUCGAUUGCACUUUAAUCACCUCCAUA